CUUGUCUCUCGCCACAUGCACCUGUUUCAAGGCUGACAACAGACUAGCAUCGACGGUACCACUCAAGGCCACACCUUCCAGCCAUUUCUACUGCUCGCUACCUCUUCGUCUGUCAUUUCCUUCUCACAAUAAUCUACCUCUGUGGUUCCUAGUAUUUCUGACGCCAUGAUAGCAUUACACCGAGCCAUCUACGAUGCGGUCGUCGCAGCCAUCCGCAGGCCCGAGUUUGAUGCCGCGUUGCCUCCAUUGUCGGACGCCACCUGGGCGAGGCUCCUCGCAGGAUCCGCCCACAUGGAGAGGGAGCGCCUCGAGUUCCUAGGCGACGCCCUCAUGUACGCCACGAUUGGGACCAUCCUCUACAACCAGAUACCCCAGGGUCUCCUCAUUUAUACACGAGUGGCGGAGAAGCUUGACAUCCUCGCCGUCCCCGACGUGGUCCUGAGAGCCCUAUCGAGGAUGGACUUCGGGGAAGGCGCGUCAGCCUCAGCGGUCAAGUCGUACACAGAAGUCAAGGCAACGGCUGACCUGUUCGAGACUGUCCUAGGCGCCUACUACAAGGAGAAGGGCUUCACCGCGCUUUGUGAUUGGGUCGCAGACCUCUAUGCUCCUCUGGUGACUGUGGCGACGAAGGCUUUCUACGAAUGUCAAAAGCUACCCAACGGUAAGCGGGCACGACCGUACACAAGCUCGGAUUAUAGCAUGCGCGGGGAUGCGGGGGAAGAACGCAAGAGGCGCAGGCUGUGGAAGCAGCCUGUCCGGUCAAGUGCUGUCCCUCUAGGCUCUCGCAACAACGCUAACCGUGCAGACCGCCCGUCCAAUUCUACGUACCAAUAUGUGGCCACCACGUCCGUGAAGACGGCUGGCAAGAGUCGUUCCGGAGCCCAUUCGGUCAAGGUCAAGACUACGAUUUCGCACACACCCGUCAAAUCCCGCAUGUCGCCGGCCAGGGUGCGGACUCCUGUCAACGUGCGCAAGACGGUAGCACAACCGAAGCCACAAACUGUCUUUAUCGAUCUCACGCUCUCGUCGGACUCGAGCGACGACGAGGCCCCGCCGCCGAGGUCCCGCCGCGCUCCAGCGGUCGACAAGGGUGGCCGGGCUGCUUCGUCCUCGUCCUCGUCUUCACCGGAGGUUCCGGCUUGCUCGGCUGCAGCGCCGAACGGUGAGGACGACGAGUCGCAGGAGGAAGACAUGCUCGAGCACAUGCUCACGGCGCAUGUCAACUCGGACAUGGACCUUCAGUCUGAGCCGGACUUGGGAGAGAUGGACCUCGAUGCAAACUCGGACUACGAAGAGUCGGACGUGUCAGACAUGGAUCUGGGCUCGGACAUGAGCCCUUUGAAGGCAUGGCGAUGACGGAUUGGGCGUUUCUCUUUCACUUCAUCGUACCUUAUGGAUUUGUAUGCUCCGUAUGCACAGCCAGCGUGCUGCAUUCGAAAUUCGAUCCAUUCAUCAUGGAU